GCAUGGACCUUGAAUAUGAUAUUUCAUAAGCCUUUUCGGUGACUGCUUUCCUCUGACGACUUGAUCUCAUCGUCUCGAAUAUGGCCUCCGCGGGGCCCUCAGUUGCUGGGCUCGCCUCCAAAAUCUACGAAGCAUGUCUAGGCAAUUUCUCUCCCGAUCAUCUUUUCUACCAGCAAGAUCUGUUGGGCCUGGGUAUUGUUCCCAAGAAUGAUCUUGCGCUUCUGUUGCAAUGCACCCAAUCGCUCGUUGAUCAGAAAUUGUUCCGUCUUCUUCAAGGCAAAAAUGACCGACUUGCAUGGAAGCUUAUAUCUCGCGAAGAUGCUGAGAAAUUCCAGAACCUCAGUGCCGAUGAGAGCUUGGUGUACAACGUCAUUCAUUCAACUGGUCGCUCCGGAAUUUGGGUCCGGGCAAUUCUCACUCGCACGAAUUUACACAAAUCAAUUCUUGAUCGCUGUCUCAAGUCGCUAGAAGGCAAGAAUUACAUUAAAAGCGUUCACAAUGUCAAGUUUCCAAGUCGGAAAAUGUACAUGCUGGCUGGCCUGGCCCCAAGCGAGGAUGUUACAGGUGGAGCUUGGUUCACAGAUGGAGUUCUCGACGCAAACUUCAUCAACACUGUCGCUGGUUAUAUCGAAUACACCGUGAGCCGAAAGAGUUGGUACGAAGUCCCAUCCGCAGACGGACAUCGAACCAAGCGCAUGAAAACCACCAGCGGAAGCAUGUCAGUGAAACAGGAGCAGCCAGCUGAAAAGGAAUACCUGCCGUUCCCUUCUGGUUACCAAGGAUAUCCCACCGUCGCGAUGAUCACGGCCGCUGUCAACGAGAGUGGUAUUACGCCCGUCAGACUGGGCGAAGAGAGUAUCAUACAGCUCCUCGAGAUGCUUUGUUACGAUAACAAGUUGAUCGCAUUGAAUAACGGAGAAUUCUACAAAUCCGUCAAAAACCCCGAAGCCGUCAAAGCACGACAGGCCCGAAAGCCAGAGGGUGCCGACGAUGCAGAAGAAGCGAGGAAACUGGUCAAGAAUGGCAUGACCGAGGCUCCCUGUGGCCAGUGCCCCGUUUUCAAGCUCUGCGCUCCUGGCGGCGCUGUUAGCCCUGAAAGCUGCGAGUAUUUCGAUCCUUGGUUGGAGAAGGCCCUUGGAUUCUAAUCCAGCGCAUUGUAAAUCAAGCUAGAUGCUCGUUCGAUUCCUGCGCGUGUGGGCGCAACUGAGAUUCUAACCACCUUCGCGCCGAAUCAUCUCUCUUUGCAUAGCGAUGGCGUUUUAUAUUGGCAUUGACUAUCGUCGAGGUCUUUUGUUUUAAAAAAUGUUCGAUUAACGAAGUCUUAAAAAGGGAUAUGGAAGAAAUUAGGGGCAAAUAUAUAAAACAUUUCAAGGAGAUUCA